GCUGGGAAAGGAGUUUUUUCAGCCAUGAAACUCGGCAAGGCCCGUCCGGCCAAGGAUGAGCAUCGGAAACAAGACGAACCGGCCGUGCUGGAGCCGGAGGACCUGGACAGGAGGGCGCUGAGGGGCGGGACGGGGCUGGAGCCGGACACGGUGUCGCUGGCCUCUGUCACCGCGGUCACCACCAAUGUGUCCAACAAGAGGUCCAAACCCGACAUCAAGAUGGAGCCCAGCGCCGGCAGGCCCAUGGACUACCAGGUCAGCGUGACCAUCAUCGAGGCCCGGCAGCUCGUGGGGCUCAACAUGGACCCCGUGGUGUGCGUGGAGGUGGGCGAGGAGAAGAAGUUCACGUCCAUGAAGGAGUCCACCAAUUGCCCCUACUACAACGAGUACUUUGUCUUCGACUUCCACGUCCCCCCCGACGUCAUGUUCGACAAGAUCAUCAAGCUGUCCGUGAUCCACUCGAAGAACCUCCUGCGCAGCGGGACCCUCGUGGGCUCCUUCAAGAUGGACGUGGGGACUGUUUAUUCCCAGCCCG